AUGAGUUACGGGCGCUCGCCUCCGCGUAUUGAUGGGAUGGUUUCUCUAAAAGUGGAUAAUUUGGCAUAUCGUACGACAGUCGAGGAUCUUCGCAGAGUGUUUACUCGUUAUGGGGAUGUUGGUGAUAUUUAUAUCCCUCGGAACCCAUUUUCAAUGGACAGUAGGGGCUUUGCAUUUGUUAGAUAUUACAAUGACCGUGAUGCCGACGACGCUAUUCGUGCUAUGGACGGCCGCAAGAUUGAUGGCAGAGAAAUUCGUGUCCAGCGCGCAAUGUAUGGGAGGCCUAAUUCUCGAAGGCGGGGAAGUCUCGGGAUUCACUUUUGCUUUACUGCUUUAAAAAUUUGUAGACGGUCACCCUCCCCUAGACGUCGGCGCUCAAGGUCUUACUCCCCACGUCGUAGAUCGUCACGGGAUCGCUAUGACGACGAUGAUUAUAGAAGAGAAAAAUAUCGUGACAGCAGAUCUCGCUCUCGAGAUCGUUAUUAA